GAUUGUAAAAACCUACCAAGCAAUGAACGUUACAUUGCUGGGUCCAUUGCAGAGGCGUACCGUGUAACAGAGUCGGCUAGAUAUGCAAUGGAAGACAUGCCCAAUAGACGGGAUGGAAACCACCAAGCGACUUGGGAGGCUUUUUUGGGGGAAGACUCUGAGUACAGUGAUGAAGGUCCCAUGAAGGAAGACGCCACUAUUGUGAUCACAUUCUACCUAGAUCCGUGGCUGGUGAGAUGGAUGAAGUUGAGCGGCAAACAAAGUUUAUAGACUGGCUACAUGAUAAGUUGUUGGAAGAAAAGAAGAAAGAUACAGAAUUAUGGCGAUAUGUCAAAGGUCCUACUGGAGCAAAAGAGUAUUCAAGUUACCGUGUAAACGGGUUUGUCUUUUCUCCUUUCUCACAAGAGAGUAGUCGUGCUACACGAGACAGCGGUGUUUGUAUUGAGGCAGUCACCACAUACAGAAGAAAAAAGGGAGAUAAAAGCCAUGUUUCUCAAAUGACCAAGUGGUAUGGGAUUAUCAAACAAAUAUUGGAGGUGGACUACACGAAUAGGAAAAUCGUGGAGUUUGUAUUCUAUUGUGAUUGGGUGAAGGUCGAAAGUGUAUGUAAAAUGUGCCCCGACUCUAAUCUUGUGGUAGUUCAUCUGGAUAAGAUCAGGAGUGUCUGAUAGGUACUUCGAUGAGCCUGCAAUUCUCGCUUAUGAAGCCAGCCAAGUGUUCUACUCUAAGGAUUUGAAAUACCCUGAUUGGUGGGUUGUUAUCCAUUCGCCAAGGAAAAUGACAAGACAAGUUGAUAACAUUUCAAAACCCAAAUCUGAUGAGUUUCAGGAAAUAUUCUCUGAUGAGCCGCAUUUGGAGGACCUUUUAAAGC